AACAAACUUUUCUCCCCUUUUAUUUCCCCCCCCCCCCACAAUCUCCCCGUGCCGCAGUGUUACCGGGACCUGGCCUUGGUGAGCCGAGAUGGGCUAAGCACCAUAUUGACCAAGAUGAACCAGAUUCUCAUGGAGAAAUACCUCAAACUGCAAGACACCUGUCGCACCCAGCUGGUUUGGCUGCUGCGCGAGAUGGUGAGGAAUGGGAUCAUCGGCAUCGACGGGAAUUGCAUGACGUUCAUGAAGCAGAUCGCAGGCGGAGAUGUCACCUCCAAGAACAUCUGGCUGGCCGAAAACAUCCUCGACAUACUGACAGAGCAGAGGUAGGAUCGCUCACCUGGUCAGAAUAACCAGGUGACCCGAAAAAAAACCCCACCCAAGGGCCUAAAGACUCAGAAGCGGCCAAAUCUUGCUUUUGUGGCGUCUUUUUUUUUUUUUCCAUUUUUCUUCCCUUCCGCCCGGUUUUAACCGGCCCAAAUCCUUCGUUUCCUUGACGUGUUGUUUUUUAUUUUCCCGUUCUUUGGAUCCGCCUGGAUCUC